AUGAGGGUUUUAUCAUCAUCUAGAACUGUCGCAUCAUCUAUCCUGUGUAUAGUCAUACUCUGCUUGCUGCUAUUCGGUCUUCAAAGUGAUCUACCUAGAUAUACACUAUCUAUACACGACCAGCUGACUCAGUCAACCAUCACCGAAACGAAAUCAUCAGAUUUCUUCCAACCACUCCAUCAUUUAAUCGAUUCCCUCUCUCUUCGUCCACUCGAUGAAUUAUCAAACCCAAAACCGAGCAUAUUGAUCUUCCAGCAUCUACCGUAUUUCACCCCUUUGUACCGAGCCUCAUACGCUACCCGUAAACUUUACUCUGAGGUAUGGGGAUAUGGGUAUAAGUGUUCGAGGUACUCUAAAAUUGGUGAUGGGGAUGGACCUAGGAAGGUUAAUAAUGGUAAAUCGGCGAAGAAAGUUUACGCUUUAUAUGAGGUUUUCAAAGAUGAGUUGAAGAAAGAUGAAAACGAAAGUAUCGCAGACGUGGAUACGAUCAUAUCCAACCCAUCUAUCCCUAUCCAUUUCCUUCUCCCUCCCCCUACUCUGGAUCCACCACCGAUGUUUCUAGGUAAUCAAAAUCAUAACGGCUUCAAUGCUGGUGUACUCAUCUUCCGAAUACAUCCACAUAUCCUAAAACUACUAGAAUGGGUGAUUAUCGAAUUCGGGAAAUCAUUAGAAGGAUUGAAAAAAAAGGUGAAUUACCACGUAAGGAUCAAGUUCUUCUCUCUACUGCGUCGAACCAGCCAGAGCUGUAGGAAGACGGGGGAAGAGUGUUGGAAAGAUGCCAAGGAUGGGAUCGAGAAUAUGAAGUUCCUGUGGGACUGA